CGCGCUCACAGUUACUCUUUGCGCGUCGAGCCAGAACGACGGCUUGGUCAUCCCCUCGCUGAACUGAUCGUGCGCCCCAUUCAAGAACGCCGUGGUGUGCCUGGAGCAAAAGUCCCAAGAUCAUCGGCUUAGUUAUCGUCACGCUCCGUUUACGGUGAUCGCAGUUGUUGCUGGCUUGGACCAUUGCAUUCUGGUGAAACAAAGGGUCGUGAUACCAGUCCCAAGGGUAGCGAACUGUCGUUUGUGGAAAGGGCCCACGAUCGUCUGUAGGAUGCCGGAACCGGACGGUGUAAUCCACCAGCUGUACAUGGAGCGUGAGCUGCCCGCCAAAGUGGCCGAAGUGGCGCGAUCACAGGGUGAAGAUCCGGAUCGAACGAGUUUGAUGAUAGAGGAACUGCGCGAGAUGAUUUACGAGAAAGGUGACUGUGUUCCGCACCGAGUGGACGACGACUAUCUGAUCAAGUUUCUCCGGGCACGAUUUUGGAAUGUACAGCACGCCUACAACCUGAUGACCCGGUACUACGCGUUCCGGGCGAGCAAUCCAGAUUUCUACGAGAACGUGAACCCGAUGGCUUUGCGAUCGCUGGGCGAUGACGACAUCAUGUCCAUAUCACCGUACCGGGACCAGGAGGGCCGUCGAGUGAUCUUUUUCAAGUUCGGCAACUGGCGCCCGUCGAAGAUUCCGAUCGUGGAUCUGUUCCGCGCUACGAUGCUACUGCUGGAGGUGGGUUCGCUCGAACCUCAGUCACAGGUGCUCGGUGGCGUUGGGAUUAUGGAUCUCGAGGGCCUCACGUUGAACCACGCCUGGAAUUUAACGCCCGCAGUGGCACAGAAGAUGCUCGCCCUACUAGCAACCAGCAUGCCACAGCGCACCAGCCAGAUCCACAUCGUCAACCAGGGAUGGGUGUUUGAUACGGCUUUUCAGAUCUUCAAACCGCUGCUCACGGAAAAGAUGCGGCAGCGAUUGUUCUUCCACGGAUCGGAUCGAACCUCCCUGCACAAACACAUCGACCCGGAAGCACUGCCGGUGCGAUACGGUGGCACAAAACCGGAGUACCCCUACACGUACUGGCUGGAGCAUUUGAGCCAGAACGAGAAGGUGAUCCAGGAGCUGCAACAACUCGGAUACGUAUCCGAACCGUUGGAAGAGUGAAUUUCGGAGAUCUAGUAGCUGCUAUUUCAAGCAGCGUGAUAAGAAAACGAGGAGAGAAUAGGAAGUAGGUUAGUGUGAUAAAAUGAACGAGUAUAUCGUUAAACUAUACUCUUUAUGGUAUAAAUUUAAUAACUGGAAAAACAAACCAGUUAAAAGUAAGAAGUCAAAAAUAUGGCCGAUAGAAGUGAUUCGAUGCUCGUAGAUGUGAUUGUGUGCAGAAUGAGAAAUAGAAUGCAUUCAAAUAAGAAAUAAAUUGUUAAAAAUAUCUAAAAUGUGAUUGAAUGAAUUGAAAUUGAUCGUCUGAGAAAAAUGAGCAAAAUUUAAACGAAACAUAUGAGCUUUAUUUGCCCAAAAGAUGUUGCUUAA